AUGAGGCUCCUGCCUCUGGCCCUUGUGCCUGGUGCACUGGCCAUUUCACUCGACAUCAAUGAUCCCAACAGUGUGUCGUCGGCUGCCGCAACCGUGGCUUAUGACAUGAUGACCUUCUACACUGGCAACCAGACCGGCCAAGUCCCUGGAUUGCUACCGGGUGGCUUGAGUUGCGAUCCCAAUAACCCGCAGAUCUACUGUUGGUGGGAGUCCGGCGCAAUGUUCGGCACCCUCAUCAAUUACUGGCAGUACACGAAUGACUCGUCAUACAAUCCCACCGUGUCACAGGCGCUCCAGUUCCAGCGCGGACCCGACAACAACUUCAACCCGCCUAACCAGUCGAAGAGUAUGGGUGUCGACGACCAGGCUUUCUGGGCCUUCUCUGCCAUGGAUGCCGUCGAGGCCAACUUCCCAGAAUCCGAUGAAGAAGACGCUCCUUCGUGGUUAGCGCUCGCCCAGGCCGUCUUCAACUUUCAGAAGAGUUUGUGGGAUACUACCACUUGCGGUGGUGGGUUCCACUGGCAGGUGUUUUCGUUCAACGCCGGCUACAAUCUGAAGAACGCCGUGUCCAAUGGUGGAAACUUCCAACUGGCUGCCCGACUUGCCUAUGUGACGGGCAACCAAAGUUAUGCCGACUGGGCGAAUACGGUCUACGACUGGAUGGAAAACAGUGCCUUGAUGCAAACAGACCCGUCAAGCGGCAUUCUCUAUAUCUGGGAUAACACCGACUCUGACAACAACUGCACAGACCAGACGCGAUACGUGUGGACGUACAACUACGGUACCCUCUUGGUGGGUUCCGCGUACAUGUACAACUUCACCAAUGGCAGCUCAGUCUGGCUCGAUCGGGUCAAUGCGAUCUUGAAUAGCACAUUCGAACUGUUCUUCCCGGCGCAAUAUGGAGGCAACAUCAUGUCGGAGAUCCAGUGUGAAUCGACCCUGGUAUGCGACCAGGAUCAAAAGAGCUUCAAGUCGUAUUUGGCAAGAUGGAUGGCCGUGACCAGUCUGCUCGUGCCCUCUACAGCACCUCAGAUUCUUCCAAAACUCCAGGCCAGUGCACAGGCAGCCGCGGGACAGUGCGAUGGCGGCUCUACCGGUCGUGAAUGUGGCAUGCAGUGGUACACAACCACUUGGGACGGUACGACCGGCGUUGGACAGCAGAUGGCUGCAUUGUCUGUGAUUGGUACGUCAUUGAACCGGCAGGAAUUGACUCCCAAGUCCACCAGGACCGGCGCCACCUCGAAGAGUGACCCGAACGCUGGGUCUACGGCGCCAACCAACCCUGCUGAGUUACAAGACAAGAUCACUACGGGCGACAAGGCUGGUGCAGGUAUCCUGACCCUCGUCAUGGCCGCUCUGGUCGUAGGUGCUGCGGUUUGGUUAGUUACGUGA